CCGCAGCUGGGUACGCAUACCUUGGGGCCCAGGGAAGGGCUCGCACCUGUUGGGGCAAGUGGGACUAGACCGUAGACUGGGAGUCCUGGCAGGUUCCUCAUGGUCUGGACCUCGGGCUCCGCAGGGAGGAGGUGCCUGGCUUUCCUCCCAGUGGAACACACUGUGGACAAGUUUUUGAAGUCCAUGGGUCAGAGCCCUGAGGGGCGGCCCCUGAGGUGGGCGGAGAAUCAGAAACCCGGUCAACUGAGUGAGGACUUUGUGGAGGGAAAUCCUGCGGGAAGAGAGUCUGUGAGCCUGGCUUGGAGUGCCCCAUGCUGUUGGAAGCAGGUUACCUGUAUUAAUGUUACAAACUUUCCCACCAACCCUCCGAGGGACAAAGUUUCAAAUCUCCAUGGAUCAGACCAGAAAACCGAGACCCUGAGAGCUUCAGAAAUUGGAGCAGGAGCCAUGGUGAGUGGCAGAGGGAGGCGUCAGCCCCGGGCCACGUGCUGCUAAUGACCAGGCAGCACGGUGUGGCAUCGUCUCCCGGCCAGCUCGCCGAACGCACAAUCCCGGGUGCAAAGACGGGGCCAGGAGAGCUGCAGUCAGCAAGCUGAAUUACUUGGAGGAGGAAAGCAGGAGGAGUAGAGGAGACAGAGAGAAGACAGCGGGAACACAGGAACCUUCGGGAUGAAAAGAAAACUUAUGUUCUUGCCUCCAUCCACCGCCAUACCAGAAAUGGAAUCCAAUGGCACCUUCACCAGUAACAACAGCAAUGGGAACUGUACAAUUGAAAACUUCAAAAAGGAUUUUUACCCUACCGUGUACCUGAUAAUAUUUAUCUGGGGAACCUUGGGAAAUGGCUUUUCCAUAUACGUUUUCCUGCAGUCUUAUAAGAAGUCCACGUCUGUGAAUAUUUUCAUGCUAAACCUGGCCAUUUCAGAUUUCUUAUUCACAAGUACACUACCCUUCAGAGCUGACUAUUACCUCAGAGGCUCCAAUUGGAUAUUUGGGGACCUGGCCUGCAGGAUUAUGUCUUAUUCUCUUUAUGUCAACAUGUACAGCAGCAUUUAUUUCCUGACCGUGCUGAGCAUCGUGCGUUUCCUGGCAACCGUUCACCCCUUCAGGCGCCUCCAUGUCACCAGCACCAGGAGUGCCUGGACUCUGUGUGGGAUCAUAUGGUUCCUUAUCAUGGCUUCCUCAGCAGUGCUUCUGAAUAAUGGCUCUGAGCGGAAUGGCAGUGUCACAUUAUGCUUAGAGCUGAAUAUGCGUAAAGUUUUUAAUCUGCAGAUCAUGAACUACAUUGCCUUGGUGAUGGGCUUCCUGCUGCCAUUCUGCAUGCUCAACAUUUGUUACCUGCUGAUCAUUCGAGCUCUGUUAAAGGUGAAGGUCCCAGAACUGGGUGUGCGGGUUUCUCACAAGAAGGCUCUUAUCACCAUCAUCAUUGCCUUGAUCAUCUUCCUCCUGUGUUUCCUGCCCUAUCAUGUACUGAGAACCCUCCACCUGCUUGCAUGGGAAGUGGGUGUAUGCGGAGACAAGCUGCAUAAAGCUGUGGUCAUCACACUGGCCUUGGCAGCAGCCAAUACGUGCCUCAAUCCUUUGCUCUAUUACUUUGCUGGGGAAAAUUUUAAGGACAGGCUAAGGGCUACACUCAGAAAAGAUCACCUACGGAAGACAAAGUGCAACAUUCCUGUCUGCAUCUGGUUGAAAAAGGAAACACAAGUUUAAGGGUUUUGUAGAUAAGGCCUGUUCUUGUAUCCUUGUGCUCACAUUCAUUCAUACGUAGUCUCAAAUGACCAUAUAUUUACACCAUUUCCAACAAAGGUCAAUCAAGUCCUACUUCAAACAUUUUAUUAGGUGUGUUUUUAGUGGUUGAGUCUAGAUGAGAAAUGUAGCAGGCAAAGUCUCUACUAGUCUUGCAACCUAAAAUGUCAGACUGGGGAAAAAGUGGUUAGCAUAUUGUGUGCUUCUUUUUGUCAGAUUCUGUACCAGAUCUUGGUCCCACCAGGCAUUCUAGAUCACGGUUAAGACAAUCUCAACUUGUCCAGCUUCUCCAGCCCCUCUUACACCUGCAGUCCUUUAAGAUAUAACCAGUUAACAAAGCUAAAGGAGGUUCCAGAGCAGAUAAGAAAAGCAUCCUAGGAAUUCACUGAAAAGACUUUGUGAAGAAGGUUGCCCUUUAACAGGUCCCAAACAAGAACAGUGAGAGAGAAAGGGAGAGGAGGUCUGGGGCCAGAAAGAGCUGCUGAAAAGUAGGGAGAAGGAGAUAUUUCAUUUUGGACUGAGAUAGAGGCUCUAGCACACUGAAGGCAAGAAAGUUCUCUUUGCCUCUUUCUUGCCAGGAGGCUAGAAAGGAUGGGAAGAGUAGGAGGAAGAACUAGGCCAUUGCCUAGGAUUAGAGGGGUUAUGGGU